CUCAAGUCUCGCAAUUGACGCCAAACUUUCCUCAAUACUUUUGCUAUUCAUUUGCGCUUUUCAAGAUGGGAUCUAUUGUUCCUUCUCUCAACUUCAACGUCCUUCGGGACACCAAACCAGACGACACGAGUCUUCCAGCCUUCAUGGUCUCAAUAACCCGAGGAUUCCUUCCACGUCAAGAACCUAUCAUCUCACUCCCAGCAGAGUUCGACGUUCUUGAGUCCAUCCUCGCUCGCAUGCCUAUCAAGACCUUGAACGGCACCCCAGGUCUCCUUGCUACCGCUACACUUGGAGAGACUAUCCUCAAGGAAUUACCUGACCUCACCAGCGCUAUCGACAAGUACAAAGAUAACCUCCCUUUGAUGAACGCUUUGUAUCGGGAUUAUUCGUUUCUCGCCUCCGCUUACCUAUUGGAACCAUGCCAUGAGCGGUUCACGAAUGGUGAAAGUUAUGGCCUUGGCCGUCAAACACUCCCUUCCGUUAUCUCACUACCAAUCUCUCGCUGCGCUCAACUUGCUGGUUUCAAACCCUUCAUGGAGUAUGCGGGCUCGUAUGCUCUGUUCAACUAUCGCCUCCAAGAUCCAAAGCGAGGUCUCGAGUACGACAAUCUUCGUCUGAUCCGAGCUUUCGAGCAUGGCCUUGACCCCAAGUCAUCCGAAGCAGGUUUCGUUCUUGUACAUGUUGACAUGGUUCAGAAUUCAGGUCCCCUUAUUGAUGGAGUUGUCUCUGCACUCGAUGCAUGCGAACACAAUGAUCGCGAGGCCUUCAACAUUGGCAUGGAAAAAGUCGCCACAAGCAUGACCAAAGUAAACAAAGUCAUGGACGGUAUGUGGGGAAAGAGUAAGCCAGGAGAUUAUACUUCGUUCAGAACAUUCAUCUUCGGAAUUACGAGUCAAUCUAUGUUCCCCCACGGCGUCGUUUAUGAGGGUGUUUCGGACGAGCCGAUGUCCUUCCGUGGCGAAUCUGGAGCAAAUGACAGCAUGAUUCCACUCUGCGACAAUCUCCUUCAAAUCGCAAUGCCAGACACACCUUUAACCACCAUCCUCCAAGACUUCCGCUCCUACCGCCCAGGAAACCACCGAGAAUUCCUCGAAUACGUUAAAGCACGCUCAGCCCAUCUUUCUCUGAAAUCCUACGCUUUGCAAGAACCCUCAUCAGCAGCACUCUACCUGCUCAUAUUGAACCAAGUUCGUGACUUCCGCUGGAGGCAUUGGUGCUUCACUCGUGAGUAUAUCUUGAAGAAGACCACGCAUCCAACUGCUACUGGGGGAAGUCCGAUUGUAACUUGGUUACCGAAUCAGUUGCAGGCUGUAAUGCAAGCUAUGGUUGAUGUUUGGGAGGGAAGCGGGAAGAGACUUGGGAAGAGUUGUGAGGAGAUUAUGGAUUUGUUGUACGUGCAGCGAGAGACUUUGAGGAAGGAGGUUGAGAAGUAUUGCCAGGAGAGGAAUGUUGAUGCUAGCAAGGCUUGAUCUAGCAGGAAUGAUCUUUUGGAUAUAUGGGAGGCAGCUGGUACAUGGUGGCAGGCAACAGGCGAGACUCGAGAGAAAUGCUCUCUCUUUGGUUUUUUAGGUUUUGGCAAGAUCAUGUAAGCUCAUGUUAAUUUACGCACUUUUUGCCUUAAGUCUAUCCAUAGACCAGACUGAAG